AAAUGUCUCUUGCAAAAUAUUUCAAAGUUGUCUGUCUCGCCAUGAUGGUCGUGGAUACUUUUCAACAAGGAUGCGAAAAAAACUUUUUUGGAAAUAAAUGUCGCUUCAUGUGUCGAUGUGAUAACAACAGAUGUCAGACAGACGGCUCUUGCGACAAGGGACAAAGUUGUACUCAACCUUAUUUCGGUCAUUUAUGUCAGUAUGUUAGUUUGACUGAUUCUGCUGAAGCACCCCAGAGAUUUCCCUGUAGCACAGACCCAACCAAAGUCGUCUUCACAAUUAAACUCAAGGAAACAAUUUUGUUUACAUUUCUUGGGGUACAGUUUGAUGAAUUUUUACUGCUGCCACUGAUGUACAGGCGCAACAAUGUUAGUCUAAAUUUUAAAUUAGGUCAAGUAACUAUCGACUGUUUUAAGAAAGAGAUUUGGGAAAUAUCUGAUAGCUAUGUGGAGCUUCGCUGUUCUAAUCAAUUCUUGUUUGACCAAGUCAUUCUAAGUGGCAGUGGAGUGGGCUAUAUCUGUCGAGUCUUUGUCAGCGGAGGUCGCAAUGUGGCCAGGAGUCUGUUUUCACCACAAGAAGGACAAAGUGGUGAUUUGUUUUACAACCAGCGCAUGUUAAUUUUGGACGGGGAGACCGGGGAUCGCUCUCAGUGCCCUAAAAUUAAGAGAACUGACAAAUUACUCCAUUGGAUGUGGCCGUCUGAUACAAGCAGUCCGUUUCGCAUUCACCGUAUCAUUCUGUACACUGCCUCAGGAGCCAAAAGACAGAUGUCAGGACUUUCAAUAAAGCUCACUUCCGCUAAGUCUACGUCAUUACAAAACGUGACAUACGCAGACGAUAAUAAACACGUGAUGACGCUGUCCAGCCAAUCAGACGCCACGUCUCUUGCCAUAUUGCUUAAAGGGCAGGACUUCAUAUCGCUUUGUGAAUUAGAAGUUUACGGAGACUGUAUGUCGGGAAAAUCAGGAUUAGACUGUUCGUCCACCUGUAGUCACUGCAACAGCGGACGAUGUCAUGUCAGCGGACAGUGUUUAGGGUGUGUCACAGAGUUUGGGAUAACAGUUUGUCGGCCUAUCUGUUCUAAGUGUCCCUCUGACACCAACUGUAAUGGAGAAUGUAAGAGUGAGUGUACAUUGGGAUACACAGGGCCAGAUUGUCUACAAUCAUGUUUAAACUGUGGCGGUGCUGGGGCAUGUGACAAAGACACUGGUCAGUGCAAGGAAAAUUGCAUAGACGGAUUCAGGGGUUUAAAUUGCCAUGACAAAUGCUGGAACUGUGCUGGCAAUGGUGACUGUAACAGAUAUAACGGUUCCUGUCACUCUGGUUGUACUACUGGCUAUAGAGGAGAUGCAUGCUUCUUAAACUGUGGACAUUGUGGAGGGACAAGGUCAUGUGACCGCUACACUGGCGUCUGCUCCUCGAGCUGUCUGCCUGGUUAUAAAGGCGAGGACUGUAGCCAAGAGUGUACCAAUUGUGUACGGAGAAAUUGCUCUGGACUCAAGGGCACGUGUGUGAACGGAUGUAUCGAUGGCUAUUUUGGCGACGAUUGUGAACAAGAAUGUGUUAAUUGUGCCGGAAGCAAAGAAUGCCACCAAAAGACUGGAGUCUGCACAGAAGGAUGUGCCAGUGGAUUCUACCAGGAGUCUUGUACUGAAGAAUGUCUUCACUGCGGGGGACGAGGAUUUUGUCAUCGAGAGACAGGCGAAUGCUCAGAAGGAUGUGUACCUGAUUUCCAUGGUAACCGUUGCGAUACUCGCGAGAAUGAAAUUUCAAGCUUUGAUUUCAAAGUCUUCCUAAACUACGCAGCCUUUGUAUUGAUGAUUUUCAUGGCACUGGCAGCGAUUUUCUUCGCCAGAGAUUACUGUGUUUUCUGUAGACUUCCUACAAGACAAAGUUUAGAUUUGUUAAACCCUCCCAAGACGGUGACCAGUAAAGGGAGAGCAGCGACUGUGGAAGACGUGGCCAAUUCAGAAGAAAGUAGUGGAUCGUACUCUGGAAGGUCAGAGACAAGCCUGGCGACUCCCAGUGUGAAACCGUCUGCUAAAAGAUUGAGUAGUUUCUAGACAAUGCAACAGUCAUGUGGGGUCGUGUGAGCGUGUCGAAUGUGGGUCAUUUGUUUUAUGAGAUGUGGCUAAUAAUAAAAAAC